AUGUCAAUCGCUGGCGAUGACCUGCCUGUGCAAGUAACUCAUAUACCUGGCAUUACUCGUGUGAGGUAUACAAACUCUACCAAGCAAGAUGUUCGACUCGUGACAGCAGGCGAGGACCAUCUUGUGCGUUUGCUGCCUUCGGAGCCCACGGCCACUGAUGUUAUACCAUUGGUAAUGGAAGAUGCGACACAAAAUAUUUCGUGGAUUGAAGCCAACAACAAAUACCUUGUUACAGCAUCUGAGGAUGGUGCUGUGCGCCUAUACCAACAUGCUCUUCAAAGCGAGGAUGAUCCCCAAAAGGCGACUUCAUGUAUCCGAAUUGUGCGACGUGAAGUGCUGCCUGUUCGAUGUGUUUCGCUUGAGCGGGCCACUGAAUCUCCUCGGGCAGCUAUCUGUUCGGAUGAAUUGAUCAUUCGAGUGGCUAGUGUGGAAGAUCCGCGUCAAAUUACUCUGCUCACCGGGCACACUCGUGGUGUGCGUGCUGCAAGCUGGAGCCCUAUUUUACCGCUUCUAGUUUCAUGCGGUAGUGAUGGUGAUAUUCGAGUGUGGGAUAUGUCUUCUUCGGAAGGUUCAUGUGUUAAGGUCAUUUCAAAUCAACUUCCUGCUCUGAGACCAGAGAGUGAAUAUACUUCUUUAGCUUGUUGGCAUCCCAGUGGUCGUUUGCUUGCAAUCCCUCUCAAAACAAAAGAAAUUGGUCUAUUCAAUGCUCCAGAGAUGUUGCAACAAGCAAGAUCUCCGGAUAUGUGGUGCAUGGUGAGUGUUUUGUCUGCUUCAAGUGGUGUGGACAGUGCGGAAUAUCGUCCUUCCUCAGGGUCCAUAUCUGCGCUUGAAUUCUGUCCAAACGGUCGAUACUUGGCAGUAGCCACGGAGGAUAAUCGAAUUUGCAUUUGGGCCAUCGAUUCACAAAAAGUUGUGCGCGCACACGCGACCGAAGCGCUUGUGACGGGCCUGAGCUGGCAUCCGUCAAAAGAUGUGCUAGCCUGGACAGACACUCAAGGCCAACUGACUCGAUGGGAGACUGUGCUCGGCUCGAAUAUGCCAAGCCCUUGUGAAGAUAUAGCAGUACAGGCCCCUGUGAUAUCUAUUGAGGGAAAGGGAGCCUUGGACCACGAGUUGGACGACCUAUUCAACGAUACACCCUUGGAUGACGAUCAAGCAGAAGAGCCACAGCCCAAACGGAUGCGUAUGUCCCGUGGUACAGAGGACGUAUCCAUUAGGCAGUCAACGUUCCAGCCAAGCUCGACGCCUAUGAUUGCGCAGCGCCGCUACUUGGGCGUAUCGACGCUGGGCACACUGACCUCUGUGGACCAAGAUACGCACCAGACCAUUGUAUUUGAGUCAUAUGACACGUCGGCGCGUCGAAACUUUCGAUUUACCGAUCACUUUGGGUACAGUCUGGCCAGUAUGGCAGCUCAAGGUAUCUUAUUCGCUUGUGAGUCCGAGGCAGAGAACCCCAGUGUCGUGUUUUAUCGCCCGUUUGAUGACAUCCCAGGUGUCCAAACUGAAUGGAGUAUCAGUUUGCCCCCUGGCGAAAAUGCUACGGCCUUGGCCUUAGGUGGUGUACCCAAUGUCGGCUCAUUAGCUGAUAUGCACGAAAAUGGCUCGGGCCUGGUGGAUGAGAGUCGCACGUCGCCAGCAACGUCGGUCGUAGCGACGUCUCGAGGUAUGCUGCGCUUUUUUGGACCAAGUGGCAUGCAACGCUACGUGUGGGCGUUAGGAGCACCCGUUGUGACUCUGGCCGCCAAUGCGCAUGGUGCGCUUGUUGUGUACCAGGCUGCCCCAUCUACAACUGCGCAGACAUUUUUAGCUUACCUUUUGGUGGAGUUUUCGCAAUGGUGUAUCAUGCAGCAAGGUACCCUGCCCCUAGGCCCAGAUUCGACCCUCACAUGGGCUGGCAUGGAUGAGCUUGGUACGCCAGCGAUUUUUGACUCUAUGGGUAUGCUGUAUACGCUAGACCGCGCCUGGCGUCCCGGCCAGGGCCGUUGGGUGCCCGCCUUGGACACGCAAUUGGCGCUUCAGCCUAGGAGUGCAGAUGCAGAGACGACGAGGCCGCGUGUUCGUUGCUGGCCCAUUGGUAUCACUGCCACCCAUCUGUUGGCGCUGCUUUUGCCUACGUCACAAUUAUAUCCACAGCCAUCAGGUCCUCGUCCUCUUGUACAGGAACUGGAACUCAGCUUGUAUAUGGCACAGCGUGACAGUACCGCCACACCACUCGAAGAACUCGCUUUGCGCCGUGCUUUAUUGGCUAGCGCUAUUCGAGAUGCGCGCGCUGCAACAGGUCUGGAUCUUAUGCCCAAGCGCUUGUCUGCCCAGGAGAGCGAUCCCGUGCAACUUGAUAUGGAGGCCGACAAAGCGCUUCUCCAAAUUGUGCAAUUGGCCUGCAAGGCAGAUCGGUAUGCUCGGGCUUUGGACGCUUCGCGUGCUUUGCACUCAGAAGCCACACUUGAGGCUGCGCUUAAGAUCGCUCAUUUUUUCCAUCUGCCCAGUCUUGCCGACCGUAUGGAGCAGAUCCGCGCACCACUGAUCAUCCAUCAGCAGUUCCAGACUGAAAUGGUGGAACGUUCUUGUGGUACUGAUGCCCUGCUUCGAAACAUUGCGCGCAUGCAGGUACCUGCGCCAACACCAGCACCUCCGGCGCCUGUCUUGGACGACCCUCGGACAGCGCUUCGAAAAGAUGGUUUCGGAUCUCGCACCCCACGCGCGUCCUCCUCUGUGUUGGCCCGAGAAGGAUUGGCACACCAGCAGCAAAUGCAGGCACCCACGCCGUCGAUGACAUCGUCGGACUGGCUGCCACCCUCGUCUUCGCUGCCGUCUGCUGCGCCUUCACCUGCCCCACCGACAGAACCUGACGAGAUCGCUGCGCCCUCGAGCACGCCACCUGUCCGCAUGAAUCCUUUUGCACGCACACACUCCAUUGCGAAGGAACGGCACCUUCAUAAGAGCACAUCGUUCUUUGAGCGCGUUGAUGCCACUGCGAAACGGAAAGAUGACACUGACGAUGCAGACCGCACCGAGAAACGAUCCUCGUCCUCGCGGCAGUCGACAUUGGCAAGCUUUGCCUAUAAAGAUGCAUCUCAAGAUGCUUAA